CCCUUCCUCUCCAGGCAGUUCCGCCGUGGAUUUCCUGACCCCUGGGAGCUGAGGGGUGCAACCCUGGGAAGGUGAGCGGCCAGCGGCCUCGGGCGUCUCUGGGCUCUCUCGCGCGCGCUUCUGCGGCUCCCAGCCGGGGCCUGGCACAGGACUGGGACCUUGGACAGGGGAAGCUCCAGGGCCACCUCGCCCUUUGCCUUGGGGCGGUCUCUACCCUGGGGAGUCAGGUUCCUAGGCUGGACCCUGCUGCCGUCCAGGCUGUCUCCUCUGGCUGGACAGGUGCUGAGACCUCUGUGAGUGACAGCCCCCCCCCCCAAGGGGCACAGGACACAGCGUCUGACCGAGGAUCUGCCCCCCAGACCGCCAUGGCCGCCCGGCAGAAGCUGAUGAGAGCCAUCCGCGUCUUCGAGUUCGGCAGCCCCGAAGUGCUCAAGCUGCAGGAAGUCCCUGUGCCCGAGCCGGGGGCAAAUGAGGUCCUGAUCAAAGUCCACGCAUGCGGGGUCAACCCGGUGGAGACGUACAUUCGCUCCGGGACCUACAGCCGAACCCCGACCCUGCCCUACACGCCGGGCUCGGACGUGGCAGGGGUCGUGGAAGCCGUGGGCAAGAGCGUGGGCAGCUUCAAGAAAGGAGACAGAGUUUUCACCACCAAAACAGUCACAGGUGGGUAUGCUGAGUACACCACCGCCCAGGACCACACUGUUUUCCCACUGCCAGAGAAUAUGGACUUCGGUCAGGGUGCCGCCAUUGGGAUCCCCUAUUUCACAGCCUUCCGUGCCCUGAUCCACAGUGCUCGGGCCAAGCCUGGAGAGAGCGUCCUCAUUCACGGGGCCAGUGGAGGAGUUGGCAUAGCAGCCUGCCAGAUCGCCAGGGCUUACGGCCUCAAGGUUUUGGGCACGGCCGGCACGGAGCAUGGGAGAAAAAUUGUUCUGAAGAACGGAGCCCACAAGGUCUUUGAUCACCGCGAGCCUGGCUAUGUGGAUAAAAUCCAGGAAUACGUUGGGGAGAACGGAGUGAACGUGAUCAUUGAAAUGCUAUCAAACAUCAACCUCCAGCAUGAUUUGCACCUUCUUUCCUACGGAGGCAGGGUCAUAAUUGUUGGCUCCAGGGGCCCCAUAGAAAUAAACCCCCGGGACACCAUGAAGAAGGAAACUAGCAUCAUUGGAGUCUCCUUGUAUUCCUGCCCCAAGGAUGACUUCCUGCAGUCUUUGGCUGCACUGCUGGCUGGCAUGGAGACGGGCUGGCUGCAGCCGGUGGUCGGGCCUCACUACCUGCUGGAGAACGCUGCGCAAGCCCAUGAAGACAUCAUCAAGAGCCAGGGGGCUUCAGGAAAGAUGAUUCUGGUCAUGACCUGAUAUUGCCCAGUCCAGUGAGGACUGUGGCUGCAGUGAGAGGCUCUUAUUCCCCUUUUGAGCUUGUGGGCAUCAGGCAUGCGUGUGGCAUUGCACCUUCUCUACCCCUGGGACCCUACAGGCUACCUAUGCUUUGCCAUUGUAGGCCUUCAUCAAUAAAGUAGAUUAUUAACAGAG